AUGCGCAGUGCGGGGCAGCGCGGCGUUGACAGGGUGGGCGGAAAGCGGCGGGCGGGGGCAAGGGGCGGUGCUGACCUCCCGCUCCGCGGCCCGGUCAUGGCAGCUUGCGCCUUCCGGAGGAGCAUCGCCACCCAGCUCUCGAAAGUUUUGGAUCUACCACCGGAAAAUCUAAUAAAGUCCAUAUCUGCAGUUCCUGUCUCCAAAAAACGGCAUGUUGCUGAUUUCCAGCUUUCUAUUGCUUCUGUUCUAGAAAAUCAUUCUGGUGAUUGCUUAGCACAAGAUCUUCAGCUUCAAGCUCAGAAGCUAGCUGAGAAGCUAAAAUGUGAUGCUGUAGUGAGUGAAAUCAGCACUGGUCCAGGAACAGUGAACUUUACGAUAAACAGGGAAUUACUGGCAAAGACUGUGCUGCAGCAGGUGUUGAAAGAUGGCUCAGAAUACGGAAUAAAAAGUGAACUUUUCUCGCUGGUGCCUAGACAGAAGGCAGUGAUUGAGUUCAGCUCCCCUAACAUUGCCAAAAAGUUUCACAUAGGACACUUGCGUUCCACAAUAAUAGGGAAUUUUAUAGCAAAUCUCAAAGUUGCACUGGGACAUGAAGUAACAAGAAUAAAUUACCUUGGUGACUGGGGCAUGCAAUUUGGUUUACUGGGUGUUGGUUUCCAACAGUUUGGCGAUAAAGAAAAGCUAAAAUCCAGUCCUUUACAACACCUUUUCGAGGUUUAUGUGCAGAUUAACAAAGCAGCAGAAGAUGAAAACAUAAAAAAGCUGGCUGCAGAUUUCUUUAGAAAACUGGAGGAACAUGAUGAUCAGACGUUGUCACUUUGGAAACAAUUUAGAGGCUUCAGCAUUGAAGAAUACAUCCGAAUUUAUAAGCGUCUAGGAGUCCACUUUGAUGAGUAUUCUGGAGAAUCAUUUUAUCAAGAGAAAUCCCAGGAAGUUCUAAGGAUGUUGGAGGAUAAAGGACUCCUUCAGAAAACAAUAAAAGGGACAGGAGUUGUGGAUCUUUCAGAAAAGAAAGACCUCUCGUUGUAUUCCACAGUCAUGCGUAGUGAUGGGACAUCUCUUUAUAUAACAAGAGAUCUUGCUGCUGCCAUAGACCGAAUGAACAAGCAUAGCUGUGAUACUAUGAUUUAUGUGACAGAUAAAAGUCAAAGUACUCACUUUCAACAUUUGUUCCAAAUACUGAAGCUCAUGGGCUACGACUGGGCUGAAAGGUGCCAGCAUGUGUCCUUUGGACUAGUUCAAGGGAUGAAGACGCGGAGAGGAGAAGUUAUUUUCCUGGAAGAUGUUUUAGAUGAAGUUCGUUCGAGGAUGUUACAAAACAUGGCUUCUGCAAAAACAACCAAAGAGGUAGAAGACCCUAUGGAGACAGCAGAGAAGGUUGGUCUCGCUGCACUAAUAAUUCAGGACUUCCGAGGCCUUCUGUCAUCUGAUUAUCAGUUUAGCUGGGAUCGAGCUCUUCAAAGUCGUGGAGAUACAGGCGUAUUCUUGCAGUACACCCAUGCCAGACUCCACAGUUUAGAACAGAUGCAUGGGAAUGAGCAGCUAACUGACGUUAAUGCCUCGUGCUUGCAAGAGCCAGAUGCCAUGUCUGUUCUUCAGCAUCUUCUCAGGUAUGAUGAGGUCCUGUAUAGAUCUUCUCAGGAUCUGCAACCCAAGCACAUAGUCAGCUACCUCCUCACACUUUGCCAUCUUGCAGCUGUGGCGCAUAAAACCCUUCCCGUGAAAGGCAGCGCACCUGAACUUGCCCAGGCAAGGCUCUGUCUCUUUCGAGCUGCACGCUCUGUUCUAGCCAGCGGGAUGAAACUUCUUGGCAUUACCCCCGUAACGCGGAUGUAACAGCUGUAUGCGAUGUCAGAUCUCCUAGUAAAAAGACCAACUGCCAAAUCUGUCGAAUCCUGUUCCUCUGUUAUGCUGACCCGAUGACGAAGGAGAAGGUAGGUUUGCUGCUCAGCUGGUGGAACAGGAACCACGGCACUCCCUCAGCAGCCCCAUGCGGCAGGUGCUGCCUGGCAAUUUCAGAGCCACAACGCUGCUGAAGAGAGGUGGAGCGUCACAUCAGCGCAGGUAGCAGUGCCAGCCUCUGAAAUGGCUGACAGUGGCCCCUGCCACCAAAGCCUUGGCACUUUGGUGACGUGCUCCAUCCUACGUGCACAGAACAGCUGGCAAAAGGCACAGAGGAGCAUCCACUCCCACUGGAACCAAAUUUAAGCAGCUUGUUACUGCCGUAAUAUGCCCCAACCUGAAGUAAAAUCCAGCUAGGUAGCUCAGGUCUGAAGGAAUUUAAACGAGAUAGAUAUAAAUCUAAGUCAGAUUUUUGACUCCACUGUGGAUUUAAACAAAUGCCCCAAAGUCAGUUUUCCCUAAAUGCAGUUGCAUUUUCUGGAAGGGUUGAACUGAGCGAUGCCUCGGAGGCAGGGAGAGAAUGUUACAGUUGGCACUCUAAUUAAAUCGAAGCCUAACGUGCAUUACAGGAACUGUUCUCCAGCAUAAAAAGGUUUAGAGAAAAAGUGUAACGAUAAAUGUUCUCUGGUCCAACACUUUGAUUUGGCUUAUUCAUACCAAGCUGGAGAUACAAGUACAAAAUACCCGUCUCUCCCUGCACAAUUGGAAUUUGUUUAACAAAACCUGUAAAGGAAUAGGACAGCUCUCCACCAGCUACAGCAAGUAGAAAAUAAAAUUGAAAAGUAAAAGAAUCUACAACUUAACAGAAACACUAGUUUUUCAUUAUGAAUUUUUAACCCCAGCAGCAAGUGUUACUUCUAAUCGCUUCCAGGUAAAUGAUGCUUGAAGCGUACUUAUUACUGGUGGAGGUGUGGCUGACAAGUGAGACUUGAGUGCAUAGAGGAAAAAAAUACUGCUAAACCGUCACAAAAAGACUAGCAAAGUACUCUGUUCAUCUGAUCUGUAGUACUUGGAAGAGAAACUCUCCCCGUGGUUAAUCAAACUGCAAUUGCCAAGUGGUUUAAGAGAAAAUGCUGGCCGUAGUUGCCCUUUUUAAUAGAUUUUUUUGAAGCUUUGGGGCAUUUUUUGCCCUCAAAGGGCAAGACAGUUUAUCAAAUACACAAUAAGAACCACUUUCCCUCCAUUAUGUACAUUAUAUACAGUUGAGUGUUCAGUUCCUUCAUUCUCUUUUCCUUGUAAAUGGGACUCUUCAUUUUCCAUCACGACUGAGUAAUGCCUUCAGCGAAAUACCCAUCCAGCUCCUGGCAGUAACGGAGCCUCAGCAGCAACCUCAGGUAACUUCACGUGU